CGCCGACUGGAUCCAUUUUAGAGCUGGCAGAAUUACAUAGUCAGAUUCACUUUUUGAUGUCAUGGUAAAACGAUCGAUUGAUUUUUUACUGUCAAAAUUUGCAUAAAAAUUGCAAAUGAUACGAGUGAAGCAAGUCAGCUCAUAAACGAGAUAACCAAUCAGCAUCGCGAAUAAGAGCGAGCAAAACUCAAACCUGAUAAACGCGCGGCCAAGAGUAAUUCAGACUAACGACCGUCUGGAAGAGAGAUGAAGACGAGCCAAGCUGAAGCUGGGAGAUGUGGGAUCAGCUACCGGAGCUGAUACUGACGCAGAUAUUUGGCCAUUUGAAUAGGGCCGAUCGUGUCAGCGUCGGUCAAGUCUGCCGAUCAUGGAAUCGCUCGUUAUCCUCGCCCGUGCUCUGGCGAUCCUUCACAGUUCUUAUCGAUCGUGAGCUACGCGGUGACUUCCCUCUAGCUGAAGAAUUAGUCGCAAAAUAUGGACAGCAUAUGCGUAGCCUGGAGCUCGCAUUUUCGCGACCGUACAUCCUGCCAAGACAGAUGAGAAUCACACGCAAUACUCAAGCGGAAGCCGGUGCCGAUUUUCUCGCGAUCGUGCGCGCUAAAGAUGUGCAGCUGCGACAGCUGAUAUUAACAAACUGGGUGUUCGGCUAUAAAUGGGGCAACAGAGGAAUUUUGCUCUGUGCCCUGGCAAAUUUCUUGCGUGGCCAACGUAAUCUUGAGAUCCUGAGCUUACUGAACGUUGACUUUGGUGUGACCGACGUUUUGCGAUUGUUGGGAACAGUUGCCAAAGGAUCUGGCGAACGCUUAAUCUCUUUGGACCUUCGCGGUGCUUUCAGAGAAUGGCAAGCUCCUCAUGAUAAUCCGAGAUAUUUGCGCUUGUUGAGCCGUUUCCACGCUCUAAGUUUGUUAAAAUUAGACUAUCCGGCUUUAUCGAAUCAUGCUCUGAAUGCUCUUGCGAGUGGAGCAUUGAUGCUGAGGAGUCUGUAUAUAUCUGUGAGAGAUUCGGACUCCAGACAACAUAUGAUAGCGGAUGCUGCUUGGCACAACUUGGUGCUAGCUUGUCCCGACUUGAAAGUAUCCUACAUUAUAGUGAAUAUCUCACACUACGAGGAUAUGUACUACUUGCUAUUACCUAGUGUCCCCUUAGCCAAGUUUCAUAUGUUUAGUGGACACGUAUGGGAUCAAAGUAGAUCUCGGAAUUUUAGAAGCACAAUAAAUCUGCUAAUUACUCAAUACACGAAUACAUUAGUCGAAGUUAUGCUACAACUUAGGAAUAAUCGUGAAUUACUCGACGAUUUAUUGGUAUCCAUGUUGAUACAUUGCAAGCGAUUGACGAGAUUGCAGUAUGAUGGAAUUAUAAGGAAUCUCGAGAGUUUACGCGAAAUAUGUCAGCUUCAAGCCGAACAUAAAACACAUUUUAAGAUGAUACAUGUGAAACCUCGAAACAUUAAUAUCCAAAAUCGUGCGGUAUUGAACGAUAUUAAUUAUCAAUACGAUAGCAAAAUGCACGAGCAAGGUGUCGAUUUCCGAGUUGAAGAUCCUACAUCGAUUUUAUUCUUCUAUUGAUGAUUGAUCUUACUUCUGUCAAUAUUUUUGA